AUGGCGACCGCUGCUCCUACUGCCAAGAUGCUAGAGCUCACCGAAAUUGAGCAAACGCUGCGUCGGCUGCUUCUCGAUGUUGCCAAGUACAUCGACGAGAACCCAGCCCCCAGCAUCGACUCUCAGGUCGAACUUCCCCAAGAGCUCGCUGAUGCUAACCUUGUGCUCCGCUUCACCGGCGGCUGGGUGCGGGACAAACUGCUGGGCGUGGGAAGCCAUGACAUCGAUGUCGCCAUCAACAAGAUGACCGGCUAUCAAUUUGGUCUUCGCAUGAAAGACUAUCUGAGCGUUCCCGGAAACCCCGAAAAGUAUGGGCUUGAGGGCAUUGCAAAAGACGGUGCUGACGCCAAGGCCGGCACCACUGACAAGAGCAAGCGCGUGGGUGGUCUUCACAAGAUCGAAGCCAACCCGGAAAAGUCAAAACACCUUGAAACGGUGACUACGAAUAUCAUGGGGCUUGACAUUGAUCUUGUAAACUUGCGCAAGGAGACGUACUCGGAAGACAGCCGCAAUCCGCAAAUGGAAUUUGGCUCGCCCGAAGAAGAUGCUCUGCGCCGUGAUGCCACCGUCAACGCCAUGUUUUACAAUCUGGAGACCUCAGAGAUUGAAGACUUUACCGGCAAGGGCUUUGAAGAUAUGCAGCUCAAGGUUAUUCGCACCCCACUUGAGCCCUAUCAGACCUUCAAAGACGACCCUCUGCGUGUGUUGCGCUUGAUUAGGUUUGCCAGCAGGCUCUUCUACACGAUCGAUCCAGCUGCCGAAGAAGCCAUGGGCCAUGCGGACAUCAAGGAAGCGCUGCGCAUUAAAAUCAGUCGGGAACGUGUCGGCGUUGAGCUAGAAAAGGCACUCAAAGGUCCUGACCCCGUCUCUGCUCUCUAUCGCAUCGAAAAGUUGGGCCUGUAUGAGACUGUCUUCUCAGACCCCACCAAAGACCACAACUAUACACCACCAAAGGAGUGGCCCAUUGCGUACCAAUGCUUGAACAGAAUCAUCGGCAGUGGCCCAGGAGACAAUGGUGACAGUAGCCCCGCCCACCAGACUAUCCGCGACCUUGCCAUCCGUGAUGCCGAUGAUAGGUAUUUGGCCUGGCUGAUCUCUGCGUUCGUUCCCUGGACAGAUGCUCCUGAGCCGCAGCCGUCCAAGCCAGGGUCGAGAGCUCCCCCUCCGAUAGCGGCUCAGGUGGCCAGAGAAGGCAUCAAGACUACGAACAGGGUCUGUGAUAUCAUAAUCGCAUCGAUCAAGAACCUCGAAGAGAUUAGAGGCUUGAAGGAUCGUUUCAACGCGCAACAGAAACGGCCGGAUAGGAAGUUGGAAGGAGAAAACCCAGCUGCUCGUGAUACUCUUGGUAUGGCGAUCCGUCGGUGGGGACCAACCUGGAGAAACCAGGUGGUGUAUGCGCUGCUUUACGAAGUUAUGAACAUGGCGAGUGCAGAGAACGACAUCAUCACGUCCUACAGCAACUUCCUGUCCCACAUCCAAAACAUCGACGUAGGGGAGGCCUACAACCUCAAGCCUCUUCUCGACGGCAAGGCGCUUGCCAAAGCGCUCGAGACGCCACCAGGACCGUGGAUGAAGCCCGCGCUCGACGUAGUCACAGCAUGGCAGCUGCGCAACCCGUCGGUCACGGAUGCAGGCGACGUGAUCGAGGACGUGCGCGUGUGGCGCGAAGCCAACCCCGACGCGGGCCGGGAGUUUGAGAGAGAAAGGCCAGCAAAGCCAAAGAAAGGAAAGAAGGGUGAGCCUCUCACGCCCCACCUCGCAGCGCACUUCCUUCGGCUUACCAUCCGCCCGCUGUUCGCAAAGGCACGUAACCCCGAGAUCACGCGCCAAGGCCGCAAAAGCAUGCAGACGGAGCGGGCGCGCACGAACAUAGCGCUGCUGGAGGACGAGACGGAGACGCAGCCGUGGAAGAGCGCGCGCGCGCAGUAUGCACUAGACCUGCUGCGCUGGACGGUGUUGACGCUGUCCAGCGCGCGCGUAGAACAAGAAUGGGCCUUACUCGUCCCCCCCAUACUCACGCUCGUCGACGACGCCUCGCCCCCGCACAAAACAACAGGCGCAGCACUGCUGCACGCCCUCCUGCUCGUGACGCCGCCGCCCCUCCUGCAGCGCACGGGGCUCGCCCCCGUCUUCCACGCCGCCCUCAUGCCCUGCCUCACGUACCUCCCGCCACUGACCCCAGAAUCCGACGCCCUCCCCCUCCUGCACGCCGCGUUCCCUGCCCUCCGCGCCCUCGCCCGCGUCGCGCACCCCCUUCCUAACCCCCACCCCCCCACCGCCCCCUUCGAUUCCGCUACCCUCGUUCGUGCCCGCGCCCUCGACCGCCUGGUUACGGACGGCGUGGUAGCAGGCUUCGCGCACGCGGGGCAGCACGUCCGCGUCGCGGCGUUGUUGCUACGGCAGCUGGGCCCGCUGCUCCACGACCUGGGCGUCCAUGCUGUCAAGCACUUGGGGCGUCUGGUGCCGCUGCUGGCGGAUGUGCUGGCGGAUCCGCUGGGCGCGGCUUGUUUGCCGUUAUUGCGGGAGGCGGCGGCCGCGGCGGGGGUGCUGGUGCGGUGCGCGUGGGUUAGGGCGGGGGUGUGGAGAGGGGAGGUGCUGCGGGGGGUGGGGGGGGCUUGGGUUGGGUUGGUGGGGAUUGGGGAGGGGGAGGUGGUGGGGAACGGGGGUGGUGCGGAGGGUGUGGGUGUGGGUGAUGUGAGGAGCGAGUUGCGGGCUUUGGUGGGGGUUUUGGGCCGGGCGGUGUGUGGGGACGAGGCGCUGGGGCGGGGGGUCUGGGAGCGAGAGUGUGCCGAGUUGGUUAAGGUGGAGGGGCGGCUGGGCGGCUUGUUUGAGGGCGUGGUUCCUGUGUCUGAGGGAGAGGAGGCGAGGGCGUAG